AUGGACCCCGUCAUUAUAACACCAGACGAUGUAGCUGAGGCGAUCCGAAGGGCCCCGAACUGGAAAAGUCCGGGGCCCGACGGGCUGCAUCACUACUGGCUGAAGGGGUUCGUGGUGUAUCACGCUGUGCCCGCCCGACAAUUUCAAGACCAAAAGUCGCUCCCGAGCCUCUUCACUACUGGGAUCACUCAUUUGGUUCCUAAAGACCGGGAUACCAUAGACCCGAGCAAAUACCGCCCCAUCACGUGUCUACCCACGAUAUAUAAGACACUAACAUCCAUUUUGAGCGCGAGAAUCACUCGUCACCUGAACUCAAAUCAGGUGAUGUCGCGCGCUCAAAAUGGAUGUCGGGGCGGUGGUCGUGGAAUCAAGGAACCACUCCUCAUUGACGCGGUCAUUGGCAAAGUGGUUAAACGCAACCGUCGGAACCUAUCCGCCGCCUGGAUAGACUACAAAAAGGCAUUCGACUCGGUGCCUCAUACAUGGCUGAAGAGGGUCCUCGAGCUGUACAAGGUUGACUGUAUAGUUAGAGACUUCCUCGGGCAGUGUAUGGGGCAGUGGAGUACGAUCUUUUGUCAUCUAGGCGAGUGGAUGACGGCUGCGGGGAACCACAUAAGAAUAAGAAGGGGUAUCUUCCAGGGCGAUUGUCUGAGUCCAAUCUGGUUCUGCCUGUCUCUGAACCCUCUCAGUACCUUACUGGAGGGUUUCGGGAGGGGAUUUCAGCUUCGGAAAGGAGGUACAAAAGUGACCCACCUUUUCUAUAUAGAUGAUCUCAAAUUAUUCGCCUCCAGUCGCUCCCAUCUUAUGGAAUUGCUGAACAUCACUUACGGACGGAUAAGUGUGCGGUCCUCCAUGUCGAAAGGGGUAGGGUUGCUAACUCUGAGGGCAUAG